AGUAGAUAACAAAAACGUUAUCAAGUACAUUACUAUUUAUUUGUUGAAUAUAACCGUCAUAACAGGUGAAGGACUUUCUGACUUAGGAUUAUGAAGACGUAAAAGGUUUUUAACUGAUCUUUUUUGUAUGCGGCAGCACAGAAGAUUGGGGACAUACAUACAGGAAAACUACCCAACGAAGACGGGCGAAAGAUACAUGAGGGACAGCCAAGCUCAUAGAUUGAAAUUAAAUAGACAACGACGUGGCUGACAAAAAAGACAAACAGACAAAUAAUAGUUCUGAAGACACAACAUAGACAACUUAGGACUAGGCAACAUGAACCCCAUUAAAAACAGGAGGGGAUCUCAGGUGUUUCGGAAGGAUUAAUAAAUGAACACCGAUGCUCAUAGAAGUGUAUUGCAAACACACCAAGUGCAACCAAAUGUACGGACAUCAGGGAUAAGAGGACUACGGAUAAUAGGUGGACUACAGAUUAUUUUUGGUAUUGUGUGCUGUAUCCUUGGUAUUGCUGGAGCUAUUAUCAGUAACACUGAAAUAACUAGUCGAUGCAAAAGCUUCUACAACAGCAACGGUUAUCAAGUUGAUGUGUCUACACAUCUAAGUUGUAGACAAUCAAAUAAUAUCCUUAUAAUGGAUCUUAUUUGCAUGGCAUUAUCAGGUUGGUUUAUACUAACAGGAUGGUUACCGUUAUGCAUGACAGGACAACGUCAAUCAAGAUGGAGAUGCAUGAUAAUAGCUUAUUUGGUUUGUAACAUAAUAUCAGCAGCUGUAUUUUCACCAAUCGUGGUUGGCUUAGGAAUUGUAGGAGCACUAGAUGUGGAUUUGGAAACGAAUACAAGAUUAGUUAUUGUACUGUCUUCCCUCCUGGCUAUAUUUUCUUUCUUUGAGUUCAUCAUAUCAAUUGUUGCUGCAACAUACUGUUGUUUCUUUUCACAGAUCUUAAAUGGAAAUCAUCAAAGUGUCUCACUCAUGAACACGGCACAAUCUAGAAUGGUGUAUAAUAUGCCAAACAAUUCAAUACCUUCAGAAAACCAGCAAAGAUAUCAUCAAAUGCAGUUGCACCAAAUGCACGGAUUUAAUGGUCAACAGCCGGAAACAAUGCAAGAUUAUCAAGAACAUGUAGACUACUUACAGGCCAAUCAGAUAUCUACACAAGAACACUAUGGGCAGAAAUCAAUGGCAUUGGCGACCUCAGAUGACCAGUAACAAAACAUAAAUGCAUGUCACCCAACGAAACCUGCUGUGAAAACAGAUCAACCAUUUCAGGUUGACAACAAGUAAUUAAAAUAUUACAAGCGUCAUGUCCUAGGAUAACAGUGUAUGACAAUAAGACAUAUUUGUUAGUGAAAGUUUAGAAAAAAAAGUUUAUGGUUUUGUUUGCCAAAUUUUGCCCUACAGAGUAUACAUACAUGUUGAUGAUUUUUUUGUAUUGUUAACAUCAUUGUUCGACCUUCCCAUCACAUGUUAUAACAACACUGGAUUUCCUUAGUCAAUACUGCAUACUAAAUAUCACUGCCGUAUCAGUGGCGUAGCUGGGUCAUUUUUACGUGAACGCCGAGACCUUGGCGAGGGAUAUGAGGGGUGCCAACCACUCAAUGUUAAAGCACCUGCUGGUAGUGGGUUCGAAGCCCCCGAAAGCUAUCGAGAAUGAGAUACCGUAAUGAUUCCUGUCAGUAAACAAUCAUUGAUAGCAACAUAAUUUUGAAUCUAAAUGGUUUAUUUGUUUUGGUUAAUUUUUGUAAUAUGUUAACUUAUUCAUCGUGUUAAACUGGAAGCUAGCCUAAUGGUUAUUGGUUUUAGAGAAAAUGCCCAAACCAAUAUUACUUUUAAAUAAGUUUAAAGGGUGCCCUGAGUGAGCAUACAAUCGACAAAAGCACCUUUUAAUGAACACGGAAAACAAUAUUGGUAAGAGAUGCAAUAAAAAAAAAAUGGAAAACCUCGGAUUUCUUUCCACAGAAAGUGAAUCGAUUUAUCAUUCCUUUAAAGCCCUUAAGGGAUUUAAAAAAAAUCAAAAAUUUUAAUUUGAUAUUUUUUCUUGAUCUGGAAUAUUUCACCACAAUCUAUGAAGGUUUAUAAAUUGAGCAUGUAAAACAAUUAAUUGCGGAAAGAAGAGUCCGGCUAUCUGUCUAUCAGAAAAGAACAGAAAAAUGAACAAAAACAAUUUCUUUCAAAAUUUUAGAUUUAGAAACAUUAGUCAUAGAAAAAGCUUCUUCGGCAUCUUCAUAAAGUUCGAUGAAGGUUCAACAAGUAGUUAAUGUAAUUGAGAAAUGACCAAAUGUAAGCCCAAACUGCGACCACUUAUUAAUUGCAGAGAGAAAUACAUUUUGUCCUUAAAAUGCCGGAAAAUUAAAGAUAUAAUUGCAUUAUUAUAUUGCUCUGAAUAUACUCAUUUGAUCAUAAACAGUUUCUGUCCAACUUUCGUAAAAUUUCACGGAGAGUCAUUCAAAAGACUUUAUCCACAUUCGGAACCUACAUAUUGAUGCCGCUUUGUGUCGCUUUUGGAACAUAAAUCACAGGCUCGACAAAAAUACAAACAGCAUAUCGAAUCUGAGCAGAUAGUCAAUUGCUUUAAAUAUAAGAAAAGUAGAAUUCAUAGUACAUGUAGAUUCAGACUUUUACAAAAAUUCGAACAAAUAUAUUAAAUGAUCUAUUUGAUUAAAUGUAAUCCCUUUUUAUUCAAAGUUGCAAUCCAUUGAGAAGCACAAGGUUGAUGUGCUUUUGAUAAGUUUUUCUUAUUCUAUAUGUCGAUUAUUUGUUUUAAUUUCACAAUUCAAGUGUACGCCCGGGCGUUUUGACGUACACGUAGCUACGCGCAUGCGUAUAAUUUAUUAAGAAAACAAUUAUAAAAAACAAGAAUAUAUCCCUAGUACACGGAUGCCCGACUAGCACUAUCACUUUCUAUAUUUAUUGGACCGUGAAAAUAGAAUAAAAACUCUAAUUUGGUAUUAAAAUAAGAAAGAUCAUAUCAUAGGGAACAUGUGUGUAAAGGGGCACUAGCUACGAGAUAUAUACAAAAAAUCAAAAGUAAGAUUUUUUUUAUUCAAUCAAUAAUGAAUGUGAAAUAUUAAUUCGCUCUUAGCAGCCAAAAUGAUUAUAUUUUGUCAAAUUAAGCGAAGAAACAUUGAUAAUUACUGAUUCACUUGCAAGUGAAUCAGUCGACCUCAUUAAAUCCGUAUUCAUGUGAACUUCAAUUUAACCCCUAGCAAGGGAUUCACAUCGCAUGCAUUGUACGUGUACUGGUUAUUUUUGAAAGAAAAAAGUAUGUCAACAAUGAAAGUGAAACUACGGUUAAUCAUUUGAUUACUGAUUCGAUCCAUAUAAAAUCAGUCUUAUACGGUUAAAACAAUGAGAAACAUAUUGUUUAAUCUAUAAAAUAAAAUCAAACAGACCUAUAAAAAUUCAAUUGCACGUGUUGGUUUAAUCUAUUCAUAUCUUUGUUUAUGUUUACAUCGCUUAUAUGGUCAUCUGAGGUCAAAUCGAUAGUUAAUUAGAUGGCAUCUGGAAUAAAAUUCAAACACACGAACCUACAUAUUCUCUACCCCAUGCUUUGUAAACUGUUUAUUUUAGACUUUUGGUCGUUUGGAUAAAUGUUUUACAUUGUUAUAAAUCAAAUAUGAGAAUUUGAGUCAAAUCGGUGACCAUGAUUUUGACAGCUAGUGCCCCUUUAAAAGUUUAAAGUUUAUUGGACUUCAACUUCGUCAAAAACUACCUCGACCAAACAUUUUAACCUGAAGCGGAACAGACGGAAGAAUUGACGAAUGGACGUAAGGGGAACUAACAGAUGUACAGAGCAGACAACAUAAUACAUACAUAACAUAUUCCUACACUGAAAUCAUAAAUUACAUUCAAUGUGACUGUUCUAGCAUCUUUAUUUGUUUUUAAAGAAAUUGUUUUAGUUGGUAAUAGUCUACUAGAUAAGAUAACAUGGAUUAAAUGCACCAAAACUUUACGAUUUAUAGAUUAUAUUUACAAAUGCUGAAUGAGUUAUAAUAUUGUACUGUGGAUUCAUUAAUAUUCGUUGGAUACCAGUUUUCGUGGAUUUCGUGGGAACAGGGGAACCACGAGUUUAAAUGUUCAACGAAAUACAAAAUUUCAAUAAGAAUAAGAAUGUAUGCAACCUUUUCUCAAACAACGAAUUUAAAUAUCCACGAAUAUGCAAGUUUUCCGCAAUCCACGAAAAUUGGAACCCACGAAAAUAAAUUAAUCCACAGUAUAAGGUAUCAGAAUAGAAGUGGCUGAUGUAUCUAACUACGACCAUUAAAUUUAUCAGUGUA